CUAGUAUCAUGAUAUUGAUUAUGUAUCGCGACCAUAUGUAGGCCGCCAUGCUUGGCCUGUAGAAACCAUUUCUGGCAUCUUGUUGGUUGGCGCCCUAGGGCCCGCGCUGAUAUAAAAAGCGGCUCCAUAACGUAUACAGUAGUGCGUCCCAAUUGGAUGCCUGCGAGAGGCUGCCCAGCUGGCACACCGCCCCUGUCUGUCGCCGCGCAGACGACGCUGAGGGCGUCGCUUGCACCAGCGCUGCCAUCCAAGCAGGUGCCCCGCCGGCAAUCGCUGCUCCCCGGGGUGUCGCUGGUAGCUUCCCUCCAAUCAUCAGCCGUCGCCGGUACUGCCGCCUGUGUGAGCAAACAGCAGCAGCAGCCGCGCGGCAGCCGUGUUGCAGCCGCCUGCCGCCCCGCUCUAGACGCCGACGCGGCUGCCGCUCCAGCGGCUGUAGCAGCUGAGGACGCCGCGGCGGCGUCAGGGCGCGCCCACAACAAGCUUGACGGCAGCAUCCCUGGCGGUGCCGCCGUCAUAGCAUCUGCCAGCUCCUACCAAAGACCCUCCUCCACCAGCGUACCGCCAGCGGCAUCACCUAUGGAGAGCCCUGAAGGUGAACCGGAAGCAGCGGCGGCCGCUCCUGUUGGCGACUCGGCCGCGACCGCGGCUGCGGCCGGCAAUCCGGCAGCGACCAAGGGCGGCCACCGUGGCGUGCUGGGCGCCGGCGGGCCGCCGGGCAGCUCGUUACACACGAGCAAGCGCGUGCCGCGGUCGAUGGUCGUACAGGCGGCGGCGGUGGUGCCCGCCGCAGCGGAGCCGCCGCCGGCGCAAGCAGCUGGCGGCGGUGACCAUGAAGAGGCGGCGACGACGACGGCGGCGGCGGCGGCGGCGGCGGCGGCGGCGGCUCCCACCGGCCUCCCCCAGUUGAUGCAACAGCUGUUUCCGGAGUUUUGCCCCAGUCUGACCGCUGCCAAGAACCUGGUCCGGCGGCGGCUGGUGAUCCUGGUGCCGGCGGCGGAGAUUGCAGCAGCAGCGGCAGCAGCAGCAGCCGCCACAACCAACAUGGAAGCUAACGCGGCAGGCACCGCAGCCGGCGCAGCCGCAUCCCUGGACGGGGCUCUCGCAGAAGCAACAGCAGUCGGGUCCAGGCCGCACCCGGCAGGCGUGCUGGUGGCAUCAAUCGCCGUUGCCGCAUCGCCAGGAGACGUGAUCCAAAUCCUGGCCCGCCAGGGAACCGGGAGUUUUUCCUGGACGGGUGGCGUGCCAAACCCCUCCAACUCCCCGAAUCCACCGUCACCACCUGUCGUACAUGCCAGUGGCGGCGGCGGCGCCCCGGAAGGCGGCGGCCCAGUGGCGGCGGCGGCGGCGGUGCCGGCGGCGGCGGCGCUAUCGGCGGCGGUGGCGGCCGCGGCGGCGGCGCUGCCUGGUGUGCCGGUGGCGUACGAGGACGACCACCUGGCGGUGGUGAUCAAGCCGCCGGGGAUUGAGACGCAGGGCGGGGGUCCGGGCAGUGUGCAGGGGCGCAUCAAGUACUGCCUGCGACCCACACCCCUGGUGGGCGCGCUGAACCGGCCGCAGCAGGUGCACCGGCUGGACCUGCCCACGGGCGGGCUGCUGCUGGUGGCCAAGACCACGGCGGCGCUGAGGAGCAUGGCGGCGGACCUGGCGCACCGCCGCAUGAGCAAGAGGUACUGUGCGCUGGUGCGCGGCGUGCGGACAGGCAGCGGCGUCAUUGACCUGCCGCUCGGCGGCAAACACUGCGUCUCCUCAUUCGCCGUGCCGCCGCCACCCGCACCACCUGCGGCGGCGGCGCCGCCGCCGCCGCCUGCAAAUACGGCCGUGGCCGCCGCCGAAGGCGGCGGCACGUCUUCGGCAGCAGCCGCAGCCGCAGGCAGCGCCACCGGUGGCGGCGGCGCCGCCGCCGACGUCAGCAGCGGCCCACAGCAGCAGGUGGUGAGUGUGGCCAGUCCGCGGCACGGCGCCCUGACGCGGGUGCUGCUGUGGCCGCACACGGGCCGCACGCACCAGCUGCGGAAGCACAUGGCCUACACAGGCACGCCAAUCCUGGGUGACGCACGCUACCGCGCCGGCCGCUCCGCCGCCGGAGCCAAGGUGGCGGCGGCUCGGGGCCUGGCGGCGGCGCAGGCGGGUGGUGGUGGCGGUGAAGGAAACGGCGACGGUGGGGAGCCGGCAACUGUUUCGCGUGGUGGAAAUGGUAGCGAGGGAGAGGAGGCCGCGGCGGGAUUGGAGUUUGAGGCGGCGGUGGCAGCGAGGGGCGCGAGUGCGGAGCAGGAGAGAGGCGGUGAAGGCGAAGGUGAAGGGGAAGGCGCGGGAGCAGGCGACGGCAAUGGCGGUGGCGGCGCCAGUGACAGUGAAGUGGAGGAGGUGGGUGCGCUGGUGAAAGAGGAUGGCGAGGACUGGUGGAGGGUCUCACGCAAGGGUGCCGCUGCCGACAUUGACGGCAAUAGCAGCGUUGGCGGCGGCGGCGGCGACGAUGGCGGCGGUGACGGUGGCGGCGGUGGUGGCGAUGGCGGCUGGCAGGUGUACCGGCCGCCGGUCGAUGCGGCGUGGGCGCGGCGCGUUGCGGCACAGACAGCCAGAGGCUGCGCUGCCGCCAGCAUCGGCUGUAGCAGUGAGGGCGCCGGUGGCGGCGUAGGCGAGGGAGCGGAGGGCGGCAGUAGCAGCACCGCUCCCAGCGGGCAGUCGGGCGACUUCUUGAGCGACGGCACGCCCGUGUCGCUGUGCCUGUGGGCGGUGGGGCUGCGCUUCCGGCACCCCAUCACGGGGGGGCGCAUGGAGGUCGACAUUGGCGGCUGGGCGGACGCCGUGUACGACGAUAUAUUGGCGAGGGAGGCGGCGGCGGCGGAGGUGGCUGCGGCGGCGGAGGUGGCUGGCGUGGCGGAGGCGGAGGCGGCGGGCGUGGGUGCGGCAGAGGCGGUGGUGCUGGCUGAUGAGUAGUGGCAGUGUUUGUGGGAGGCAAGCACUUGGAGCGAGGGUGGACACAUUGUCGUGAUUGCUGGCGACACGAAGGAUGCACGAGGGAUGCACGUUGUGCGGUUUCCGUUCCUCGUGUUGUAAACACACAAGGAAUGCGUGCGCAAGUUUACUGAGGGACGCAAGGACGUGGCUGCGGCGGGCCACGCGCCAGGGCCGGACGCGGACACGGCCCACGUGAUCUACUGUGGUCCAGGUGGUGCUGGGGUGGUUGAGUGCAACUGACUGCUGGUUGAAUACUAACUGACAAUACAACUGUCACUGUAACUGUCACUGUAAGUUGAAACGGCU